AUGUUUGUAGGCACUAAAUGGUGUGGAGUUGGCAACAUUGCAGAAGGUGAUGAUGACUAUGGAGUACACAGACAGACAGAUAAAUGUUGCCGAAAUCACGAUUUGUGCCCUGAUAUAAUUGAGGCUUACCAAUCCAAAUACAAUCUGACCAACCCAUAUUUUUACUCCAAAUUGAAUUGUGCGUGCGACAAGGAGUUUUAUAAAUGUUUAAAAUCAAUCAACACGAAUUCAGCCACCCAAGUAGGGCAUCUUUAUUUUACCGUUCUCGGGACUCAAUGUUACGCGAAUACUUAUCCCGUGAAGGAGUGCCGAAAAUACACAUAUUUUCCAAAGAAGAAAUGCAUUGAAUACCUUCUGGACGACACCCAGGACCAAGGUUACCAAUGGUUUGAUCUACCAAACUUUUAA